UCAGUGAGGUAGCUUUUUUUUUUUAUUCUGUAGCUUGAGGAAGAGAAUAAGGCGGCGUUUUUCUCUUUUAGAACGAGGCCCGUUGUUUUACAAUCUGGCUAGAGAGAGGCCGGUUUCUCUUAUGCUUGUUUUGCUUCUCCUAGUUGGCAAAGAUUUUCGUUCACUCUGGCCGCUGCAACAAAUUCAAACUCUUCUCGCACCUUGAAGAGGGUGUGGGGUAGUUCCACUGGAGUGAUUUUGGUUCGUGUUUUGGCAAAAUCAAGAUCAUCACACAUUUGGAGACUCUGCCGUGUUUCAGAGGGUUUGUCGCUUGAUUAUGGCUAAGGCCAUCAUUGGCUAAAGUCAUCAGAUGUUUGGUGGUAGUUUAUCACUCUUGUUGAAAAAAAAAAUAGUUUUGGUUUGUCAGCACUAGGUAUUCAUGUAAGAUAAAGCAGGCCGUGUGUGGAUGUAGCUCCAUUAGGUUCAACCUUUUAACCGCAAUGGUUAGGUUUUUAUGUUUCAAUGCUCAAGUUCAUUCCCCCAAACCAAAGAAAACAGUUCAACAUUCUGCUGAUAAAAUGUAUAAGACAUCGCAAGUCUUUUCUCAAAGUCAAGCCCCAAAGGAUUCACCCAACCGUACCAACUUUAACCCAUCAUUUUUGAAGGUGCAAGCAGAUACUGAGAUUGACACACAUGUUACGAGUGUGUCUUCUGUUGAGAGUGGUUGGAAUUCAGUGGACAUGGGGAGCGAGUUUGGGUUUAAGUGGAGAGGGCACCUUAAGAAAAGUCAAUCACUAGGAAGUGGAUUGUUCCAGGAGGGCAGGGUGUCUGCAGGAAAUGAUACUGAGGAUGAGAUCUAUCAGGGGCUUUCUUGUGAGGGCUCCCAUGACUACAAAGCGAUGGUGGAACCAGGUCCCAGCAAGUAUCAAGGAGUAGGCCUGCCAGAUGAGUAUACAAAAAAUCCUACCUUGGAUUCAUUCCGAUUAAAUCCUGGCUUUAUCAAUAAUGAAUCAAUUUUCUCUAUCGAAGACCCGCAGCACUCAGAGAAGGAAGGCCAUGAAAAUUCUGACGCACCAUUAUAUGGUGACUCUGGUGAUCUUACACCUCGUAGUCCACCUCUGAUUGUAAAAUCAUAUUCUUUGCCCAACAUUGGUGCCUCUGCACCCAUUUCUGGAAUAUGUUCUCCUUACAGACGUGCAGGACUGCAGUCAAGAUCUUCCGAAGAUCUAAAUAUUUUAAACAUGCGGCAAAGAGAGAGAUCAGCUCAUGAGUCUGAAAGGCAGGACAUGCAAGAACAAGUAAAAGAUGAUGGCUUUCAUGAAGCUAAAAAAAAUACUCUUGGAAAUUCAGAUGAUGGAUAUGAUUCUCAUAAUUAUUCUGGUUUAGCAAAAGACUGGAUAAUGCCUACUACGGAUGAGGUAAGCCCGGUGGAAACUCUUAUAGGAGAAUCCUCAGUUUACCAGCAGGAUGAUUUGCCUGGCAAGGAUUUUAAGAUCAAGCGCAUUGAGGAGUGGGUUAACGAUCUUCGACUUUGCAGUCCGGUGGAAGAAGCAAAUGACUCAUCCCAAUCUGAUGACCUGGGAAACAGAGACUCCAAUAUCCUGAACGGUUUGACUGCUGCAAAGGUGGAUGGUAAGGUCAAUCCUGGCAUGGAAGCUGCGAAAAGAUAUAUUUCUUCUUUGAGUGCGAUAGCCACAACAGCUCAGCUGGCAAACCAUGGAUUAGUCAUGAUUCCUUUUCUUAGUGCAUUUACAAGCCUGAGAGUGCUCAAUCUGUCUGGAAAUGCGAUAGCUAGGAUAACUGCAGGUGCUCUUCCUCGAGGACUUCAUAUGUUGAAUCUGUCAAGAAACAAUAUAUCUACCAUUGAUGGUUUGCGUGAACUUACACGACUUCGCAUCCUGAACCUGAGCUACAACCGAAUAUUCAGAAUUGGACAUGGCCUAGCUUCUUGCUCUGCUCUCAAGGAGUUGUACUUGGCUGGAAAUAAAAUCAGCGAGGUAGAGGGUCUUCACCGACUGUUAAAACUGAAUGUGCUGGAUCUGCGUAUCAACAAAAUCUCAACGGCUAAAUGUCUUGGCCAACUUGCAGCUAACUACAAUUCCUUGCAAGCGAUCGGCUUGGAAGGAAACCCAUGCCAAAAAAAUGUUGGAGAUGAACAACUGAAGAAGUAUGUGCAAGGUCUACUUCCAUAUUUGACUUACUUCAAUCGGUUGCCUCUCAAAGCCAGCACUUUCAAGGAUGUUGCUGAUCGGUCAGUUCGGUCAGGCAUCAGUUCCCAUCAGUUGGAUCGCGGCAUUAGAUCAGAUCACAAGGCUACUAGAAAGAUUAGCCAUGGUUUAGCUGCUCACCGUCCAUCAUCUUCGUCAAUUCAUGGCCGAAAAAGUCAAGCAGUGGCCUCACCAAAACGGUCCAAUGCCAGGCAUGGACUUCUGCCUCCAACAGGAGCCAAAGCAACAACCCAUGAUCGGCACAACUUUGAUUUCAGCAGCAAACUUCAGAAAUCCGGGCCAGAAAUUUCUAUUCGUAGGAGUCAAAGUGAGGGUACUCUCAGAGCUCUUUGAGAUCAUUAUAGAUUUUGCAGUAUGCUUCACAUGGUGCUUGAUGGUGGGUUUUUAUGUCUUUGUUGCUUUUUAGUCGUUAUGUUUGGAAGUUCACCGCUUGAAGAACAGACUGUUACUUAAGUUCAUUGUUUCAGUAGAUUUUCGAUAAGUUCAGUUUAUCUGAGGUGGUUUGUCUGUUAUUACGAACUGUGGCCUAGCUUCUAUGGUCAUUAUAAUAUCUAAAAGUUUUCACCAAUAAAAAGGAAAGCCAUGCUUUUAUGUUGCCAUGAA